UACUGCGAAGAACAACCCUUUCCCGCGUUAUCACCUUCCAAAUUUUGGUCACGAAAGAUUCAAAAGGCAAAGUAAACAAAAAUCGCGAAUCAGUUUCAGUUUCCGUGCGUAUGAGUUCAAACUCACACUAUCAAUGGCGGGUGACUCGAAGAAGCGAUGGAUGGUAACCUACACCAAACACGUCAAACAGAAACGCAAAGUCUACCAAGACGGAUUCCUAGUUCUCAACGUUUCCACUCGCAAGUUGUCGCUGUAUGAUGAAUGCGAGAAACUUUUGGAGUGUAGGUUGUUGAAGAGCGAUGAAAAUUGUUCUUCUGGUGAGAGUUUGACAUUUAAUAGUCACCUUGUUGAUAUCGGUAAUCUUGAGGGAGAAAACAAGCCUCUGCCUGAUUUGAAUGUUGAUAAGAAACAAAAGAAUGUUUCCAGAUUCAGAACUCCUGAUGUCAAAAUCAACGCAAAGGAGACUAUUACACGGACACAGAAACCUCUCAGUCCGUCACAAAAAAUUAUCAAAGAAUUUAAGAAGAGAGAGAUUCUGAAGUAUCAGUCACCAAAGAUCAGUCAGGAAACACCAAAACCUAGUACAACAGAGUGGCAAGUUCUAUACACCAGUCAAAUGACUCAGAAGGCAAAGAAGUACCAUGAUGGUUUUUUAGGACUUGUUACUGGAUCUCAGGGAGCACAGGUUAGGCUGUUUGAUGCAAACAGGAAUCUCUUAGAUAGCAGGUUCCUUAAGAAAGAUGACUUAAUAAAACCUGGUGAAUCAAUUAGAUUUGAUACAUAUUUGGUUGACAUUAGUGAGGAUCAAGAAAGUCAUCCACCAAAUUCCAUUGUUAAGGGAGGCAAUUGCACUAAUUUACAACGAAUACAAAAGAUAGACAGACAGAAGACUUCUCUUGACACUGAUACCCCUGUAAUCGUUGGAAAACAUGAAUGGCAAGUCCUAUACACAACACAAUUAACUCAAAAAGCAAAGAAGUACCACGAUGGAUUUUUACAACUAGAAUGUUGUGGAUCCCUUGGGCGGCAGGUCAUACUGUAUGAUUUGAGCAAAAGACCUUUAGAACGUAGGUUUCUAAAGAAAGACGAAGUUAUAAAAGCUGGUUCCUUAGUAUAUUUUGCUGGACAUUUAGUUGAUGUUGGAGAACCUGAGGGAAGUCAUCAAUCUCCAGUGAAGUUGAGUGAACUAGGGAGUGGUGGUGAAAAUGUUGUUAAGACACAACAAAGACAUGUACAAAAGGUUUGCCGCGAGCUCCAUCCGUCUACUGCUAAAGGACAACCUUCAAGCAGGCCCUGUCUUCGGCAAGGUGCAGGCUUAAACUCUCAUUUUGCAGUGAUAGAAGAGUUAAAAGCAAACAAGACAGUCCCAGUAGUCAAGCCUUUACAUGAUGGACAACCUUCGAGCAGGCCUUGUCUUCGUCAAGGUGCAGGCUUGAUCUCUCAUUUUGCAGUGAUAGAAGAAAUAAAAGCAAACAAUACAGUCCCCGUAGUCAAGCCUUUACAUGAUGAACAACCUCUGAGCCGGCCUUGUCUUCGGCGAGAAACAGGCUUGAACUCUCCAUUUGCCAAGAUAGAUGUAAUAAAAUCAAACAAGACAGUCGAAGCAGUCAAGCCUAUACGUGACGCCAAUCAAAUAUUGUCCUUUUUACAAGACCCUAAGCCUCAUGAAUGUUAUGUCGCAGGUAGCCGGUCUCCCAGUAGAUCAUAUCAAAAUAUUAUGGAUAGGGAAUCAACAGAGACUAUGAAACCCCCUGAUAUUAGCACUACAUCUACCAAAGCAACAUGUGUAGAUGGUAAUUUCCAGUUCACGGGGAAUGUCAAAAUGUCCCACCAGCCUUACUCAGAAAAGGAAGCUCAGGAAAAUAUCAGUGAUGCAAAUUUUGACUUAUUAUUAUCAAGUCCGGGUGGCGAUUCUUCUUGCCCUAUUUCCAAUGAAGGACAGAGUGCCGAGGAUAUCUCGAGUGAAAGAGAAGCGUUCCCAAGCUUUGACCUUGGAUUUUGACCGGCCAGCGUCUAGACAGUCAGCUAAAUUUGAUUACUAUUUGUCUAUAUUAGAAAUGAAAAAAGGAUGGAGAGCUAUGAUGGUUCAGUGGCCAAGCAACACUCCUUUGCAUCUUGCCAUUCACUUUUAUUUUUAUUUGGCAUAAUUGCAUGUUUGAUCCCUUAUGUUUAUUUAUAAAGUAUUAAAUUAAAUUU